GUGCAUUCCAUUGCGCAGGUCUGACCUCUCAGGCAGGCGACGAGCUGCCUUGUCAGUAGCAGGCAACUGGCAACAAUCAUCAUCACCGCUGGCAGUGAGAAGUGCAGGCAACGCCACCGUGCGUGAAAAUUAUGUUUACACACCGUGCCCUGUGACAAUUAGGCCAGGCCAGAACAGAGAAACGACGCCAUCGGAGCUGUUGCUGGGGUACACACUCUCGUAAGCACACGCUGUAAGCGAUCCCGCCAAUCAAUCUGCCAGAAGAACGCCAUCCCGCGUCCGCUAUGAACGUCAACAGCGGGGGUAGCAGCAACCAUACCAUCGGCAACCAUCACACCCUCAACAGUAGCAACCUCCUCAGCAGCAACACCAACAAUCAACACCACGCCAACAGCCAUGGGCAGCAGCAGCAGCAAACGAACCGGAUCAGCCGCAGCAGUACCCGAAAGAAGCCUUUCCACUUCAUUUCCAACAUGUGGAAGAUGAAGAAAAUCAUCAAGUUUGAGGAUAUUAUGUUCCACCGUGAGAUGAACUGUCGGGCUAGAUCGGAACCAUCAGUGUCUACCUACAACUGCACCAGCAAGGGUUCCCAACGGAAGUCAUCGCCCUCGUUCUCGAUGCUGAGCCUGUCCCCGGGGAAGUUCCAGAAGUCGGAUGAACUGGAGGUGACGCGCCUACGGUUAUCACGCAACGAUAACCCCUUCGUCCAGAAGGUCCUGGCUAGCCGGGACAACGUGACGGACGUAAUCGAUGACACCGAGUCCGAUGACGCCAUUUUGAUACUGAUGUCCGAUGAAUUUAAUGGCGAAACGGAAACCGAUCCACUAGCAUUGCCACAGGUGCACGAGCACAUGAUACGGUCACCACCGCCGACCUUUUGGCCCCGUUCGCAAAAGACUGUGUUUAACUUUGGCGGCGAGGAGCGAACGCGAACCGGCGGUUCCGAAGGCAUGCCGGGGGGAUCGAAACACCAGCGAGCAAACCCGUGCAACUACUGAGGCGGAAGUGCAGUGCUACUACUAAACUGCUACUACCAGAAAGGAAUGUCGUACAUGUGAGCACGGCAGAGUGGGAGGAAAGGAGGAGUACCUUACGCGAUUCUGCAAACCACAAAUGCAAUUACAGUACGGGCAACACCGACACACACAAUGUUGGACCGUACACAUAGGGUUCUUAUUUUAGCCAAAACCAGUUGAGCGCAUCCAAUUUAAACUAAAAGAAAAAAAAACAGAGGGUCGCAAUUAUUCCAUCUCGGACACGGUAAAAUAUGAAUCGUUUCUUUACCAUUACUUGUUACAACGUUUAUUAGUCAAUAUAUAAGUGAUUUGUUUACGCAAAACCAAAGCAUCCCCGUUUUUGGAGCACGUGUCAAGGGCGAGGAAUUAUUUCAACGAUUUUGUAUUGUGCCACGUUUGGUUAAAAGAGUGACAAGCCGACCAUUUAAUGAUCAGUAAGACUGAUCUUAAGUUUACCUCUAAUCGCUAUAAAGUUAUAAAUUAAAUGUAAGGAUGGAGAACUGGAAAUGAUGCAGCACGCGUUGGCGUAUUCGUUAUUAAUCCUUGUAUCUACUCGAAAAUUUUAGUGAAAUGAUAUUUUUGUACAAAGAACGGUUAUCUCGCCCGAGCGUCCGAAAUUCGUAGUGUUUGAAAUUUCAUAUACCGAAUAAAGUUUCAAAAAAAUAUUUCGAUCUCA